CAAAAAUAAAAAUACAGUACUCACGAUUCACGAACCGGGCAAAAUCCAACGUAAAUAAUUUUCAUUAUUUAUUUAUUUAUUCGAUAAAAAGUCUCUUCAAAUCUGCUUUCUAUAAACGAACUAACUCAGUUCACGUACCCACCGUCACCCAAAGCUACCAAAAAAAGAAUCAACAGCCUGCUUUUGAUUUUCAUUUUUACUUGAAUUUAUUUUUAACCUAACGAAAAUCUCUAUUGGUCUCGUUGCGUUUUUGUUCGACGAAACUCUGUUGUUGUUGUUGUCGUCGUCGUCGAAUCAAUGGUGAUGGAGGAAACAAACGAGAGCUGUGGCAGCCGAGCAAGUGACACGUCAUCCUCGUCGUCUCCGCUGGCUCACAGCCGGCAGCAGAGGCAGAAACUCGAGGUUUACAAUGAGGUACUUCGUCUCCUUAAACAAUUGAACAUCGAAGAAGCAAAUCUGCCUGGCUUCGAAGACGAACUGUGGACUCAUUUCAAUCGUCUCCCUGCUCGAUAUGCAUUGGAUGUCAAUGUGGAGAGAGCUGAAGAUGUUCUUAUGCACAAGAGAUUACUACAUUUGGCAUAUGAUCCGGAUAACCGACCAGCAAUUGAGGUCCGACUUGUGCAGGUUCCUCCAACGCGUGAUCGAAAGGCAGAUGAUUCUGUUGUUCCAGCCUCUCCGAGGGAAGUAGCCACCGAGGCUUCAUCUAGACAGAGCAUGCAUCCACCACCUGCUUUUGGUUCGUCACCUAAUCUUGAAGGCCUGGCAAUUGAAGCAAAUAAAUUUGAAGAUAUAGAUGGGGAUAAUUCUGUACACAACAAUGCACAAUUUUCUCGGCCAAUGCAUGAAAUUACUUUUUCAUCAGAUGAUAAGCCAAAACUUCUAAGUCAGUUGACUUCCUUACUCGCUGAGAUUGGGCUAAACAUUCAAGAAGCACAUGCCUUUUCCACUGUUGAUGGUUUCUCCUUAGAUGUCUUUGUGGUUGAUGGUUGGCCAUAUGAGGAGACAGAGCAGCUUAGAGUUGCAUUGGAGAAGGAAGUUUUUAAGAUGGAGAAGCAGGGUUGUUAUGAGGAAACACCAAUGAAAUGUGAUCCUGAACAUGUGGAAAUACCUAGUGAUGGGACUGAUGUCUGGGAAAUCAAUCCUAAACAUCUGAAGUUUGGGAACAAAGUUGCAUCUGGGUCAUAUGGCAAUUUGUACAAAGGUACAUACUAUAGUCAAGAAGUGGCCAUUAAAGUCCUUAAACCUGAGCGUGUAAAUUCAGAUUUGCUGAAAGAGUUUGCUCAGGAAGUCUUUAUCAUGAGGAAGGUGCGGCAUAAGAAUGUUGUACAAUUCAUUGGUGCAUGUACCAAGCCCCCUAGCUUGUGCAUUGUGACAGAAUUUAUGUCUGGUGGGAGUGUGUAUGAUUACUUGCACAAGCAGAAGGGCACUUUCAAGCUUCCAUCCUUAAUAAAAGUAGCUAUAGAUGUUUCCAAAGGAAUGAACUACCUGCACCAAAACAAUAUAAUACACAGGGAUUUGAAGGCUGCCAACCUUUUGAUGGAUGAAAAUGAAGUGGUUAAGGUAGCUGAUUUUGGUGUUGCUAGAGUGAAAGCUCAAUCUGGAGUUAUGACUGCUGAAACUGGGACGUAUCGAUGGAUGGCUCCUGAGGUUAUUGAACACAAGCCAUAUGAUCACAAGGCUGAUGUUUUUAGUUUUGGAAUCGUGCUGUGGGAAUUGCUCACUGGAAAGCUUCCAUACGAAUACUUGACACCGUUACAGGCAGCUGUUGGAGUGGUCCAAAAGGGUCUACGGCCUACAAUCCCAAAGAAUGUGCAUCCAAAGCUGGCAGAGCUGCUUGCAAAAUGCUGGCAGCAAGAUCCAGCUGCAAGACCUGAUUUUUCCGAAAUUAUUGAGGAUCUGCAGCAAAUUGCUAAGGAGGUUGCAGAAGACGGCGAGCAUGAGCGUCGUAAAGAGAAGUCAUCUGGGGGAUUCCUGUCCGUCCUCCGUAGAGGCCACCACUGAAAUUUACCCGGAGAUACAUAGAAGUUUAAGUGUGCAGAUCUUUAUUUUGUCAGCUUCUUUUUCAUCACCACUGUACAGUAUUUUUUCCUCCAGAUGACGAAAGGUUUUCGUCCUUUUUUUGGGGUUUGAGUUUGUGUCUUCAUUAAUUAACCCAUCAUUUGCGCUUGAUGAAGUAAAGUUGUAGUGAGGGAGACUGACAUGAUGAGGAAGAGCUUGAGCUUUAUGUAACUUCAGCAUUUCACAUGAGGGCUUGAAGUUAUUUAUAGUGGAUACAGUUCCUUAAUUUUUAAAAAUCACUAUCUUAAAUAGAAACUUUGUAAUAAUGUGUAGAUGACACAAUCAUAUGUUUUCGUUUUUAAGGAACAAACUAGUAAAGUAUGUAAGUUGUUGAAUUCACAUAAUCCUAUGUUUUCGUUAUUUAGAGAUAAA